AUGUCAGAUGAAAAGAUAUUAAACGAUGUGUCAGAAUCAGAAGACACAGGCUACUUAGAAUCGUAUAUCAGAUUUAAUGAUGAUUUGGAAAAGGACUAUUGCUUCCAGAUUAAGGUUGACAAAAGAUAUAGAGAUUUGCUUGAAAUUUUCAAAUCCUUGCCAAUUGCAUUAAGACCAAAUGUAUUCCAUUACUCCAAACCAAUUGGAUUUCAGGUUUCAACCUGUCCUGGGUAUUUGACGGAAGACGGUUCGUUGUUGUUCAGUUACGAAACAGGGAUGGAAAAGUUCUUGAAGAAAGUGUCGUUUGACGAUAAAAUUGCUGACACCAUUUGGCCAGGGCAAUUAAUUCUUCCAGUUUGGGAGUUCAACUCGUUUGCGUUUUACUCGUUCAUUACGUUGUUGGUAUGCUGGUUAUACACCGAUUUGCCGGACUUCAUUUCCCCAACUCCUGGUAUUUGCUUGACCAACCACAUGACUCGUGGAGCUAGUUAUUUAGCCACGUACUUUGGCCAACAUAAAUUGGCCCAUGCUUUGAUUGUUGAUAUCGAGGACCCGGUUGGAAUUAUAGGCCAGUGUUUAUUUUUUGUUUUUCACCUCAUCAAGGUGUUGGUUAUCUUCUUGCUUUUCCACUUGGGUACGUUCAAUCCAAUUCGUAUGAACAGAUUUUCAGGCACAAAGGUCCCAACUGAUAUCUCCAGGGAACAAUUGAUCGAAUUAGGCUGGACCGGUUCCAGAAGAGCCACUCCAGAUGAGUACAAGGAAUAUUACAGAGACUACAAGAUCAAGGAACACGGUGGCAUGGUCCAAGCCCACCAAGCUGGUGUCUUCGAUACCUUGAAGAACUUGGGGAUCUACUUGGGAGAAGGCGAAGGUUUCAACACCCCAAUGGACUCCAAGAGCACCAUGGCCGACUUGUGCGACGAGGAAAACGACAAAUUCACCUUAUCGUACGACUACUUGGCCCAAUUGGGCGCCUUUUUCGCCAGCUACAUCGAAAAGGAAGGUGUCGACUUGGCUGACACCAUCAAGCAGUUCAGAAGAUUCGGUCUCUUGCACUGCACUGACUCUGUCAAAAAGGCAGUCCAGCAAAGAAAAAUCUUCGGCGAUUCCAAGAUCAAUAAAUAG